AUGGCUGGUCUAAUAGCACUAGGAAUAUGUGGGUUGGUAAUAUACAUUGCCGCUAAAAGCAUCUAUCGGUUGUAUUUCCACCCUCUGAGCAAAAUUCCCGGGCCAAAACUUGCCGCUAUCACAAGCGGCUAUGAAUUUUAUUUCAAUGUGAUCAAGGGAGGAACGUUCAUCUGGGAGAUGGAGAGGCUGCAUGAGAUAUACGGACCCAUUAUACGCAUUGCCCCUCUUGAGGUUCGUAUCAAGGAUUCUAACUAUUACGAUGAGAUAUACGCCUCUAGCAAGCGCAGACGCGAAAAGUCCGCUGAGUCAGUCGCUCGAUUCGAUCUCAAGGAUGCGGCAUUUUCUAGUAUCUCACCAGAGGACCAUCGAAAGCGGCGUUCCCAUAUUGAGAAGCACUUUUCGAAGCAGGCAGUCUCCAACAUGGAGUAUUUGAUAUAUGAGAAUAUUGACAAACUCAAUCACCAUUUCAAACGCGCUUUCGAAUUCCAAAAGGUCAUCAGCCUCGACGCUGGCUUUGCUGGGCUGACCUCCGAUGUCAUUCACAAAUAUAUCUAUGGUUUCAACAGUGGAAAUCUUGACCACGAUGACUUCAACAUGAGUGUGAGAGACGGAAUGAAUGGACUUUUCAAAUUCUCUCACCUGUUAUUCUUUUUCCCAGUCUUUCAAACUAUCCUGAACUCGCUUCCGUUGUGGUUGCUCGAAAAGCUUGAUCCAUUUGUGCAUGCACUAGUGAGCCAGAAGUUGGACCUUCUUCGUCGGACAGAGGAAUUCCUGCAAAAUAAGCCGUCAACAUCGAAAAGUCGCUCCGUCAUGGAAGUUAUGUGUGGCCCCAGUAUGCCGGAGGAUAUGCGCAGUGCUGCUCGGCUUAACAAUGAGGGAUUUGCCAUGAUUAUCGGUGGUACCGAGACAACUACCCGAACGCUAGUUAUUGCCGCGUUUCACAUCGUGGAGAAUGUGUCGAUUAAAACCAAGUUGCGAGAGGAACUGCGGACGGUGAUGCCCACUCCUGAGUCUCGACCAACCUGCAGGCAGCUUGAACAGUUGCCAUAUCUGUCUGCAGUGGUGUCAGAAUCAUUACGUGUGUCUAUUGGAAUCGCAAGUCGAUCAGCUCGUGCCGCACCCAAUGAAGCAUUGGUCUACAAGAAUCACACCAUUCCUGCUGGAAUGCUAGUCAGUGAGUCCAACUAUUUUGUUCUCACGGACCCCGAAAUCUUCCCCAACCCACACACCUUCGAUCCAGACCGAUGGCUACGUGCUGCUGCGAAAGGGGAGCAUCUGGAUAAAUAUAUGGUCAACUUUUCCAAAGGCAGUCGGAUAUGUUUGGGCAUAAACUUGGCCUACGCGGAGCUGUUUCUUGUACUAGCGGCUUUUGUCCGUCGUUUUGACAUGGAACUGUUUGAGACAAGCGAAAAGGACAUUGCUUUUGCGCGCGAUUUUGGAACCCCGCACCCAGAUGAGGGGAAUUGCCGCGUUCGGGCUAUUGUCACAAGGUUGAUGGAAUAG